AACAGCAAUAAUUAGAAGCUCAAAAAAGUCAACUGCAUUUAGGUUUACACUUUUUAACAGAAAAACAAACAACAAAAACACUCCGAGCACUCCGAAAGAAAAAAAAAUUAUAGUAAACGAGAAGCACACACAAAAAUACGUCGAUCCUUUUUUAUUUCGCACAAACAACUGAAUCAUAAAUUUUGGAAGGGGUAGUCGGCGCCGGCGCAACAAUGUUUUGCUAAAAAAAAAAAAACAACACUACAACAGCUGACAUUGGCUGACACCACGACCACUCAAAAGCAACGAUGACAGACACAGAUUUUACGAUAAAUGAUUAUGCCAAUUCAUCAUAUCCACAUGGCAAUAAUUCUAAAAGAAUUAAAAAUGCAAAAAAAAAAAAUACUUUGAUAGCUAAGAAUUAUCCAUUGGAUCUUUGGUUUUUACUAUCCGAGUAUAUUAAACCUGAAUUAGUUGGAAAAUUUGCAUGUAUAUGUAAAAGUUCUUAUCACAUUGUUAAAACAGCAAAAUUUUGGUUUUAUAUUUACAAAAAAUAUUAUAAAGAAAUUAAAAAUAUACCACAAAGAUUAACACCAGGAUGUAUGACACGUCCUUAUGGUCUUCGAGCAUGUGCAAUAAGAUCUCUACAUUUUACAUAUUUUUCAUCAUUUGAUAAAGUUGGUAAUAAUCCAAAUUUAGAGCAACAACAACCACAUUCAUUGGUGAAUAGACAAUGUUGUUUAAUGUGGAACAAGAAAGGUGAAACUCGUUGGUAUUAUUACUUUAAAUUAAAACUACCAAUGAAACAAAAAAAAAUGCCUUUCAUUGAAACAACUGAUGAUGAUGAUUGUUGCAAUCGUGAUUUGCAUGAAAUGAUAAAAGAUGUAUGGACAAAUACUGAAGAAAAUUGUAAAAUUUUACGUGUUGCAUGUUCAAAAUUUUCUUUAAUACCACUUGUCAAUGGAUUGAUACUUCAAAAAGUUAAACUUGAUUUAUCACCAAGUUUUGAUUAUCGUCGUUUACAAUUAACAUUUGGAACGAAUUUAUUAUCAACUACAUCAUCACAAGUUGUUAUAUUAAGUGGUGUUGCCGAUUGUAAAGUAUUAGAUUGGUGGCAUCCAUAUUAUCCACAUCAAGAUACAGCGUUAACAAUUUUAGAACCAGUUCCUGAUUCAUGGGAUGUAGAUGAUAUAAUGAUGAAUUUUGAGUUGUUUAAUGUUUCACAAAAUAAUUGUUCAACUUGAUAUUAAAUACAGAUACUGAGAUAUUAAAUAUGAGAAAAUUAAAACUUAUUUUCUCAUAUUUUUUUAAAAAAAGAAAAAGUUGACAUGCUACUAACGAAUAUUAUUAUAAAUAACGUCAUUAUAAUAAAAUAAAAUAUUGAUAAUUGCUUAAAUAAUUGGAACAUUGUAUUAUUUAACAUUCACCAAAUUUUUAGGCGACGUAUUAUAAAGUGGUAUGAAAAAAAUAAAAUAUAAGAUUGCGCUUUGAGCAGCAAAUUUUAGAGCAUUUAAUAAAAAACUAUUUGAGGAUUUCUAUAUACACUGAUCUAUGUGGACAUCCGACAUGAUUAAAGCUAGCUAUUAAGGGCAUUUAAGCAAUAUGACUAGGGACUAUCGUAAAGUUACAAAAAAUAUAAUCAUCAAUACAAUUAUUAAUAAAAUAAAAUAAAAUCCUACCUUUUAAGCAGAUGUUCAUCUUCCAACGCUGGUCAUCAAAAUUGCUCAGGAUACUGCAAUCCAUGAAGACCAGAGAAUGCUACACUCCAUGUAGUUCAUGUGAUGAUUCAAUCUGGCCAUCAACAGGUUCAAUGAUCACGUACAAGCACCACACACUACACAAACGUACACAAAACAAUGAUCACAACACUUUUCACUAUAUAGUUUAUAAAGUACUUGAUGUUUGACUUGAGUUUUU